AUGGCGCCCGACGCAGAGCCCACCGCGGCAGCAGCCGAUCUAAUUAUCGAUGAAGAUGAGUACAACUCCGACUCGGACUCGGACUUCCAACUCGACGACGAUUUCGCCGCCCAGAACGACGACGAUGCCGGUCUGACCUCGUCGGAUGAGGAGGACAACGACGCGGCAGCAGCAGCAGCAGCAGCAGCAGAUGGCCAACCCCAGGCGAAGCGGCGGAAGACCACCACAACCACCCAGGAUCCCGCUGCGACUGGGGAGUUAGAUUCCGGCGACGAGGCUACGAUCCACAAAGACAAGGCGAAGCGGAAGACUGAAGACGAUGAGGAGGAAGAGGGAGGCACCGGGGGCUUUGUCCGUACGCGGGCUAUGAAGAUGCGCGCGCAAGACGAACGCAAACCCCUCGCCAAGAUCGACGGUGCGACCGUGGACGUGGAUGCGCUCUGGGCGAUGAUGAAUGCACCGGAGAACAACAACGGGCUGCACGCGGGCAGCAGCAGCAGCAGCAGCGGGAAGAACGACGACAACGCACCAACGACACAGAACGGCGACGUGGAGAUGCAAGAAUCCUCCACCGAAACAGAACAAUCAAAACAGCAGCAGAAACCAUCGAAAUACGCCGAGGAGAUGAUCAAGAUCAAGCGCACCUACGAGUUCGCAGGGGAGAUGAUCACGGAGGAGAAGAUCGUCCUGAAAGACUCGGCCGAGGCGAAGCUGUACCUCGCCAACAAUGGCGAUGCGAAUGUCGAGACAGUCAUCACGGCGGCGGUGGACGAUGCAACUGCCACCACCACCACCACCGAGGAUGUGGCGAUCAAGCUACGGAGGCCGCUGCGCCGGGUCUCGCGGUUCGACCCCAACCCGACCGGGGCGAUCAAGAAGAGCUGGGAGAAGCAGCCGGCCGCCGAAAUCACUGGGCAGGACGAGAACGCCCGGGGCCCGAAGAUCAACACGGUCGAGAAGUCGCGGAUGGACUGGGCCGCGUAUGUCGAUAGUGCGGGUCUCAAGGAUGAGCUCAAGGUGCACAGCAAGGCCAAGGAGGGCUUCCAUGGCCGCAUGGAGUUCCUGGACCGUGUGGGUGCGAACAUCGAGGAGGAGAGGCGGAAUGCGCGUCUGAAGGGACUGUGA